AUGGCAAUUCAAAAUGAAGUUCGCGGUGAGCCCGCUCCGGGUAGCUCACUCAAAAACCCAACUUAUCCCAGCAACUGUCUCACCUUCCUUAACCCAUCAACUCCAACCCCAGCCCAGUCAACCCACGUUCGUCUUAAAAUCAUAAUCGUGGGCGCCGGAUUAGGCGGCCUCGCGACAGCUAUAGCCCUCGCCAGCUCCGGGCACACCGUAACAAUCUAUGAACAAGCACCCGAACUUGGCGAAGUCGGCGCCGGUAUCCAAAUCCCUUCAAACUCAACUCGCCUUCUAAGCAGACUCGGCCUAGACCCUUACCUGGAGAAGUGCGUCACAGAGCCGGAGACGAUCUCAUUUCGACGAUGGGAGUCCGGACGUGUGAUUGGUCUCACGCAGCUCAUCCCUAAUUUCCGCGAGACAUACAGGGCGCCGUACUACGUGAUUCACCGCGCUAAUUUUCACACUGCGCUGUAUCGCCGGGCAGUGGAUCUUGGGGUGACUGUCAAGCUUGCGGCGAGGGUUACUGAGUAUGAUGUUGCGAGGACUGGGAUCCUUCUUGAAAGUGGAGACUCUGUACAGGCGGAUCUAGUUGUUGCUGCUGACGGUGUCAAAUCUGUCGCGAGACAGCUGGUUGAGAAUGGGCCUGCAAUUGAGCAAACUGGAUUCGCAGCCUAUCGAGCAACAGUCGAUGUCGCACGUAUCAGGGCAGAUCCGGAGAUCUCUUGGCUAUUGGAACGUCCAAAUCUAAAUAUCUGGAUCGGGGAUCAAAGACACGUCAUGACAUACACGAUUGGAGCAGGUAAAUCAUUUAACAUGGUUCUUUCGCAUCCGGAUGACACGGAUCCUUCGACCUGGGAUCAAACAACAGCGCUGAGCGAUAUGCAGCGUGAGUUUCAAGGGUGGGACACAAGGCUUCAAAAAAUCAUCGGCAUGAUCGAGAAGACCAUCAAGUGGCCGCUUGUUAGUUGUGCACCUUUGACGCGGUGGACUACGGGCCGAAUCGUGAUCUUGGGUGAUGCCGCACAUGCCAUGUUACCAUAUAUGUCUCAGGGUGCAGCAAUGGCCGUAGAGGACGGCGUCGCCCUGGCUCGCUCUCUAUCCAGAAUCAACAACGCCCAAGAUAUACCCCAUGCGCUCAGCAUCUUCGAGAAAGUCCGCAUGGACAGAGCAGGGAAGAUGCAAGAAGCGAGUCUUUUGAACGGCAAGUUAUGGCAUUUCGCUGAUGGGCCACUUCAACGAGCUCGUGACAAGGCUAUGGAGCCGGAGACGCGGGGUGAGCCUUUCAGUCAUAGUCCGAAUCAAUGGAGUGACCCGGCGACGCAGAUGUGGGCUUAUCAUUAUGAUGCGGAGGUGGAGAUUGAUCGUGCUUGGGAGAAGGAUGCGCGGAGGUGUUGCUUGUAG